AGAGAUUAUUAUCCCUACAUCUGGUCGAAUAGAGGGAAUGGCUACUCCUUUAUACUCAUCAUCACUGUCAGUAGAUGAAAUGAUGAAAAAUCAGAGAGCGAAAGGUCCAGCUACAAUCCUUGCCAUUGGAACUGCUGCUCCUCCCAAUUGCUACUCCCAGGCUGAGUAUCCGGACUUCUACUUUCGUGUCACAAAGAGCGACCACAAGACUGAGCUCAAAGAAAAGUUUAAGCGAAUUUGUAGUAAAACCAUGAUAAAAACACGUUAUCUGCAUAUCACAGAGAAAACCCUGGAAGAAAACCCUAGCAUGUGCGACUAUUCAGCCCCGUCGUUCGAUGCUCGCCAAGAAAUUCUGAGGAUGGAGGUUCCGAAACUCGGAAAAGAAGCCGCUGAGAAAGCCAUCAAAGAAUGGGGACACUCCAAAUCAGAGAUCACCCACCUCAUUUUUUGCACCACUUCGGGCUACGACAUGCCCAGUGCUGACUACCAGCUUACUAAGCUUCUAGGCCUCAAUCAUUCUGUCAAGCGCCACAUGAUCUACUUACAGGGUUGUUUUGCAGGUGGUACUGUCCUUCGUCUGGCAAAAGAUCUUGCGGAGAACAACAAGGGUGCUCGUGUUCUCGUCGUUUGUGCUGAGAUCACAACCAUAACAUUCCGAGGGCCUCAUCUGGAGUCCUUGCUCCCUCAAGCACUGUUUGGUGAUGGGGCCUCCUCGGUGAUUGUUGGGUCUGAUCCGGAUCCUCUCACCGAACGUCCACUCUUCCAGAUCGUGUCCUCGGCCCAACACAUAUUGCCUGAUUCAGAAGACACAAUCCGCGGAAAACUGGGGGAGUCAGGCCUCAUGUUUUUUCUGAAAAAGAACAUAACUACAUUGAUUGCCAGUGACAUAGAGAAGCUACUAAAAGAAGCUUUUGAACCCAUUGGAAUAUCCGAUUGGAAUUCGCUCUUCUGGAUAACCCACCCUGGUGGCCCGGCUAUCUUAAACCAGAUUGAACUUGUGUUAGGCCUAAAAGAAGAGAAAAUGUGGGCGUCUCGGAAGGUGUUGAGUCAGUAUGGUAAUAUGGCAAGUGCAUGUGUUUUGUUUGUUUUAGAUGAAAUGAGGAAGAAAUCAAUGAAAGAUGGCAUGGCAACGACUGGUGAUGGCUUGGACUGGGGUGUGGCUUUCGGAUUCGGGCCAGGUCUCACCGUCGAAACAGUUGUGCUGCGUAGUAUCCCUGUUACUAGUUUCACUUAAUGCACGCAUGAGUGAAUCAGACAUUUCGAGUUGGGUUUAAUAUCAGUUGAUUCCGUUUCUUUUGUAUUCAGCAUGCAUGAUCUGGUUGUAAUACUUUUAUGAGUGAUUUCAUAUGUUAUCAUAAUAUGAUAGGGGUGGAGUAAAUUUAGGAGUUUGACAGGAUCCAUAAUCCUGAUCUUUAGCAACUCCGUUGUAUCCAUUCUACUAUUUAAGCCCCACUAGUGAUUGAAUAAAAACCAAGGUCUUUUGACAGCAAA